AGCUCACUUGCUGCCUUAUUUUUAACUACUUAAGCUCCAGCGCUAGUUUCAUUAUUUACCGUCAUCACCUGGGGUGCGCUGCUUGCUGUCUGUCAAUUACUGCGCCAUGGAUCACACUCUCCUGUAGACACAGAGCACCGGAUCAAACGAGCCCUUCCACAGCGCCCUUUGGCUCUCUCUCCUCCUAUCCUCCCGGAGACCGCUCUCUCCUGCUGCUUCGUCUGUUUCGUCGCAAGUCGUGGGAGAAAUUAUCUCUCUGGCUCUCCCGGCGCUUCCACUCCCCGUCCUAACCGCCCGCUUCCUCCCUUUUUACACAUGGCUGCUGAACGAAGCCCAUAGACACACCUCUCUGGCAGUUUUCAGUUGCCACGUCGGGCGGCUCUCUUGCUCGCUAGAAAGGGCCAUAUCCCACCGCGGACUUUCAAUUGCUCACCAUGGGGCGCUUAAGAGUCCCGUCGUUUCUUUCCUCUCGUCCUGAUGGUCCCAAGGGUAAAACUGCUGCGGCAUCAGUGUCCUUCUCCACGCCAGAUCUUCCUGGAGCCCUAACCCAAGCACCCUCGAACAAGCCCCCAGCGGCCGGGGCUGGACCGGCUCCGGAUCAGGAGCAACAGACAUCUACCUCCCCGUUCAUGAGACGCACACGCAGGUUAAGCAGGCCUAUAGCCUCUCUCUGGGCUCAGAAGUCCGCACAGAGUGAGAAUGAUGACCGGAAUCAAAGCCAGAGCCAGAGCCAGAGUCAGAGCGAGAGCCAGACAGCUCCUUCCUCACCUCCAUAUGAUGCAGAGCCUCUCGUUGUCCCGGAGCUGGAGCCUGUCUUCGCCUACUUGAAUAAUCAGGCAAACAAGCUAUACCAAGAGGGAUAUUUCCUAAAGCUUAAUGAUUUGGAUACCCGUAUGCUUUUCAUUUUCCCUCCCCCCCCCAAUUAUAAGGGCCUGGUAAACUAAUUUCUCCUUAUAGAAGGGCGGGCAUGCCCUGAUAGGCAGUGGGUGGAGUGCUUUGGACAGUUGGUCGGAACAGUGCUUUCAAUUUGGAACGCAUCUGCGCUGGAUACGGCUGGGGGACAGGCAAAUGCAUCUCCCAGCUUCAUUAAUUUAGCUGAUGCUACUAUCAAAAUGGUGAGAUAUUACCUCCUAUUUUUCAACCGGGGAUGAACAGCUAACGGUCUAGUAGAUGGAAACACUCCCUACCAACAACGAAACGAAUCAGCCCCUACAAAAUGUUGUCAGCAUCAGUACGGCAGGGAAGAAUAGGUAUCUUCUCCACUUUGAUUCAUUGCAUUCUCUCACUCAAUGGACGGCCGCAAUGCGAUUGACUGUGUUCGAAAACUCACUUCUCCAUGAAUCUUACACCGGCGCCCUUAUUGCUGGUAAGGGCAAGUAUCUCAACGGAAUAAAACUUAUCCUUGAGAAGACAACUUUCAAAUAUGAGGACUGGGCCAGAGUUCGAUUUGGGGCUGGUACACCCUGGAGAAGAUGUUGGUGCGUCAUCUCUCCUCCGGGAGAGAAAGAGAUGCAACUGUACAACCGCUCUCUUAAGAAGAAAUCCGCGUACGAUCGAGCACCCACACCUCCCAAAGGGAACAUCAAAUUCUACGAGACAAGGAAAACUAGCAAGAAGGUAGCCCCCAUCGCGACCAUUUCCGAUGCUUACUCUGCGUAUGCCAUAUAUCCACAGGCCCGGCCCCUCGUAGACCAGUCCACGCUUGUUAAGGUCGAAGGUCUGGUCACUAUUGGAGAGAACACAUCGGAGGGCUUCGUCUUUGUGCUCCCGGAAAUGCACAAUGCCGUCUCCGGAUUCGAAACGAUGAUUCGCUGGUUAUUCCCAGCCUAUGAUGCUUUCCGUCUUUACGGGCGCCCUAAUCGUUUGCUGGCUGAUACUGUUAGCCCCAACAGCUUGAUGUUUGCUAUGCCUAGUAACAAGCGCAGGGGGUACCUUGAUAUCCUUGAUGUUUCCGCACUCAUUCAUACUCAGGGGAGCGAAAGCUGGAGCGCCCGAGAAUGGAGAAAGCAGUUGAAGGAUGCAACAUCACGUCGAAUGACGUCAAAUGCUGGCAGUAGUAGGACUAGCAGCGUAUCAGGCCAUCGUAGUGGGAAACGCAGCAGCCUACCUCAACGUACUGGCAACGUGCGUUUUGGUAGUGCGACAGUUGGGCCAAGGAAUGGCGAGCCUAAUAGCUCGUCUGAUACUGUGGCUUCGAACUCACCAACAAAACCUGGAAUAUCCCAUACCCGUUCAGAGUCUGAAAAUACUGGCCUUCCAUCAGCCCGCCGUGGCCGCCGCAGCCCGCCAUUUUUCGAGAACAAUAUCGGAGAAGACAUUCCAGAACACCCACCCACACCACCCCCAGAACUCCCCCAAACAGAUGGACCCUCCGAAGUUGAUGGAACAGAUAGCCGCAGCUCUCCUGACAGCGGCGCUUUCAUGGACAACAAUCGCCCUGUUGACCGUCUGGAAAUUAUGCAGAGCUUGGAGCCUAACCCGCCCCCGCAGGGUGUGCCAGUGUCACCUGCUUUCUCGCAUGAUCCUCGGGGAACGCCUCAGUUCAAACCCCAGCCAUCUCCAGAGAUUGGCCAUGCCGCGAACCGUAUGUCUGUUGGUACGCUAGAUCAGUUGGUGGAUAUGAAUAAGAAAAAUGGCAAAGCAAAUGGCCUUGCAGUGGCAGGUGCUACAGUUGCUUGGAAUGCAGCUAAGGAUAAUAGUAAGGAGACCGAUAUUGGAACGGGGCAACGAGCUGACCCCCGAGGUCCAACACUUAACCGCCUUAACAGCAUUGGUGCGUCUAGCUCAAAUUACUCUCAGGGGAGCCCUGUAACCCCCAGCGAUACUACAAGCAACGUAAACGUCGGAGUCAAUAUCAACACUACUGAUACACCAACUGAGGGACAGUUUCCGGUAAAGCAGCAGGAUGGCACUCAAAACCCACCAUUGCAUAAGCCAAUUGCUCGCAAACCUGUUGCGGCAGAAAUUCCUAUCGCGGAGACAGCGAGUGUGAGAACAGCGUCUACCCUGGGAAGCCUGAGAGAUAACAUCGAUAUGGAUGCUCUAGACAGAAUUAUACGGCGACCGCGCUCACCUUCUCCUCCUCCACCACCCCAGCCGAAGUAUACAUUUAAACAAGAGAAUGCUGUUCAAGAUGAUGCCAGCUCAAUUGUGGCUCCAUCAUACGCAAGCUCGCAUAAAUCUUCCGCAUCAGUCCGGUCCAUCCAGUCUGUUCAGAAACCGAGGAUGGGAAAGAUGAAAGUCGUCGGUAACGCUAUGCCAAAGACGGAUGAUCUUGUCAUAGGUGACGCUCGCUAUAAGCAUCCUGCUGUUACUCCUGUGGAAGUGAGCUCUGAUAUUCCAGAAGUCGACUUUGGGCCCACACAUACCUAUAGACCUACCGCAAGACGACCCAGCACAUCUGAUACUAUGCUACUUCUGUCUUCUUCUCAUCAACGUAACCCUUCUGAAGGUACCCUCGCAACAAGAGGUAGAAGACUUUCGACUGGUCGUCUACUUGAGCACCUCAACCAGGAAUCGAACGAGUCUCCAUCUCCACCACCGCCCACGCAGGAACGUGGACGCCGCCGCAGCGUUCUCUGGCAGCCAGGGAUGGUUCAAGACAGUGGCCCUAUUACCCCCGGCCCGACGAGUAUCUCAGCAGAACAGUUCGUUCACGACCGCGCUUCCAGAUCACAGAUUCAUCUUCCAGUAAUGCCAACUCGAGCUACACCCCCUCCACCCCGGCCGGCAUCAGGAGAUUGGUCUGCCUAUAUCCGCCACCAAUCAUCCGCUACUCAUCUUCCCCAGCGUCCACACUCUCGCGGCCCAAGCGUCAUGCUAGAUAUGCCAGCCCGCCCUUCUUCUCGCGGUGCAAAUACCAUACUUGACGUUCCCGCCCGGCCAUCUUCUCGUGGUGCCAGUGUCAUUCUUGGACCUCUUGAUGCUCCUGCUCGUCCUUCUUCGCGGGGCGCCAACCGAAUGCUAGCUCAACCAGAUAUUUCUGGUCAUCUCUCUGCUCGAGAGCAAGAGCAUGUAGCCCGUGUGACUGGAUCUUCGUUUCUUAACUUGAAUAAUAACCAGAGCCCACAAUUUGGAUCCGGACUUGUCAGUACUAUUGAUUCCCGGGAGCGUGAGAGGAAAGCUAUGAAGGAUGGUUUUAGUGGACAAACAGUACAGCAGGCCAUUGCCCAGAGACAGUACCAAGCACAAGCACAAGCACAGGCUCAGGCACAGGCCCAAGCUCAGUUCCAACUGCAGCAGCAAUUUCAGCAACCCUUGGGUACAUCCCCUGGAUAUGCUGCAUCCAUGCAAUUCCCAUAUCUCCCUCAGCAGCAAUCACAACAGCCACCACAGGCAGGCUAUUAUGCGCCACCUCAGGGGCAGCAAUGGCAGCCUCAGUACCAUGCAUAA